UCAGCGUUGAGACUGGUUGGAGGAUCUAGGAGCUCGGAAGGAAGAGUUGAAGUAUUUUAUGAUAACCAGUGGGGAACAGUUUGUGAUGAUUACUGGGAUAUAAAUGAUGCGCGUGUUGUUUGCCAUCAGCUUGGGUAUCCUGGUGCUAUUAGUGCUCCAACGUCUGCCCGAUUCGGGGCUGGAAGUGGUCGAAUCUGGCUGGAUGAUGUAAAUUGCCAAGGCGAUGAAACUUCAAUUGUCUAUUGUGGGCAUAGAGGGUGGGGCAUCAAUAACUGCGGUCACUAUGAAGAUGCUUCAGUAGUAUGUUAUGGACUAGGAUCUGGAGGUAAGAGCGUGCAUGCUUUCUAA